GGGAAAAUAAAGGAAGGGAUGUGUGGGUGCAAGAAGUGGCAAUCGUAACCUAGUGAGUGGUUGCAAGGCCGGCACCAGGCAGCUCAGCCAGUGUGUUCACCGUGGUCAGUGUGGUGGCAGCGGGAGGCGCGUCACGAGCCUGGUGACGUAUGGUUGUUGCUUGAUGGUAGAGCUCGUUGUGUCGAGCGAGCAGCACUUCAUCCACUUCGUCACCAUUUUUGUGGCUCUGUAUGAGAAGAAAUGAAGCAGCGGUGGUUCCUGGUGUGGCCUUCCUUCAUCCUGGCCUCAUGCUUACUCACAGAAGCCAACUUAGUCUCUGAAACAGCCGCCCUGGAAAGUCUCGCAGAUGACCUUAUUCAUUCUGGGAGGUAUCCACUUCGACAACAGCCUAGAAAUGUCUCCCUGCUUUUUAACAACCAUCAGGAGGGGUCUCCUUUCGAGGACUCCUUCGACUCUCUCAUGCUAGUGCUCAGCAAAAGAAGUUACAUCAAAAGACAGGCACGAUGUCCGAUUUGCACCCCAGGAGUCAAUUGCCCACCGGGGUGUCCAAGUCCUGACCCUAUCCCACCUCCAACACAGCCUCCUGGAAAUGAAUGUCCAUUUGACUGUCCACAAACACAAUGUCCAAUAUGUUAUCCCGGAAGUCCUUGUCCACCAGGGUGCCCACAAACACCGUGCCCACUAUGCUACCCAGGACAGCCCUGCCCCGUAGGAUGUCCUGCAACUCCUUGCCCUCUUUGUUACCCAGGAAUUCCUUGUCCUGUAGGGUGUCCUGCAACUCCUUGUCCUGUUUGCUACCCAGGGAUGCCGUGUCCUAUAGGAUGUCCUGCAACUCCUUGCCCAGUUUGCUACCCAGGGAAGCCUUGUCCUGUCGGAUGUCCCGCAACUCCUUGUCCAUUGUGUUACCCAGGGAUGCAGUGUCCUCCAGGAUGUCCACCAACGCCCUGUCCACCUUGUUAUCGUGGCCAGCCUUGUCCCGCUGGUUGUGCUAUAGCAGAUUGUCCUCUUUGUUAUCCAGGGACACAAUGCCCUCCAGGAUGUCCUCAGACGCCAUGUCCCAUUUGUUACCCAGGUACUUUAUGCCCUCCAGGUUGCCAGGAACUCCCGUGCCCACCAUGUUAUCCAGGAACAGAAUGUCCUUCAGGAUGUCCACCAACACCGUGUCCCUCUUGCUAUCCUGGUCAGCCAUGCCCCGUUGGAUGCCCAGUAAAUUGUCCAAACUGCUAUCCUGGUCAGCCAUGUCCUGCUGGAUGUCCACCAACACCAUGCCCUCCAUGUCCGCCAGGAAUACCUUGUCCUCUUGGCUGUCAAGAAGAAUGUCCUAUUUGUUAUCCCGGUCAAAGCUGUCCCUCUGGAUGUCCCAUCACUCCAUGUCCCAUUUGUUACCCUGGGGAAAGAUGUCCACAGGGAUGUCCUCCUACACCAUGUCCAGACUGUUACCCAGGACAAAGAUGCCCUGUGGGAUGCCCUGUGCAGCCUUGUCCACCAUGCCUCCCUGGAGAAAUCUGUCCAUCGACUUGCCCACCUGGAAAAUGCCCUACAUGCUACCCUGGAGAGAAGUGUCCUUCUGGCUGCCCAGUGACUCCAUGCCCAGAUUGUUAUCCAGGCAGCGCAUGUCCUGAUGUCUGCCCUAUGACGCCUUGCCCUCCUUGUUAUCCUGGAAUGAAAUGUCCACCAGGAUGCCCACCGACACCAUGCCCAUCUUGUUAUCCAGGACUGCCAUGCCCUCCACAAUGUCCACUUAUUCCAUGUCCACAAUGCUACCCCGGGCAGACCUGUCCUGAUGGAUGUCCAGAAACGCCCUGUCCAGAUUGUUAUCCUGGAACUAGAUGCCCUCCAGGAUGCCCCCCAACACCAUGUCCUGAAUGUUACCCUGGAGAUGCCUGUCCUGUGGGGUGUCCACCUUUCCAGUGCUCUAUUUGCUAUCCGGGUGAGAAAUGUCCACCUGGGUGUCCUGUGACUCCGUGUCCAGACUGCUACCCUGGAGACAAAUGUCCAGCACCAUGUCCUCAAACUCCAUGUCCUGUGUGCUAUCCUUUAGAUAAGUGUCCUUCUGGCUGUCCAAUAACGACUUGCCCAGUAUGUUAUCCUGGAGAUCGAUGUCCUCCAGGAUGUCCUAUAACACCUUGUCCAUUAUGUUAUGUUGAAGACGAGUGCCCAUCAGGAUGUCCUAUUACACCAUGUCCAGAAUGCUAUGAGAGUGACCGAUGCCCUGCAGGAUGUCCUGUAUUACCAUGCCCAGUUUGUUAUCCAGGCAUGUCAUGUCCUCCUAGGUGUCCCAUUACGCCAUGUCCAGCAUGCUAUCCUGGAGAACGUUGCCCAACAGGGUGUCCAGAAACGCCUUGCCCAAUCUGUUAUCAAGGAGAAAUUUGUCCAGUUGGAUGUCCCGUUAUCCCAUGUCCACCUUGUUACCCUGGAGAGCAAUGCCCUUCCGUGUGUCCACUUACACCGUGUCCAGUGUGUUAUCAUGGUCAGAAUUGUCCAGCUAGCUGUCCCACCACUCCAUGUCCACUUUGUUAUUCAGAAGAAUUAUGUCCACCAGAAUGUCCUGUAACACCUUGUCCUCCUUGCUAUCCCGGGGAAGUAUGUCCCCCGGGAUGCUCUCUUACUCCGUGCCCAACGUGCUAUCCGGGAGAGAGAUGUCCCAGUAAUUGCCCCAUCACUCCAUGCCCUGAAUGUUACCCUGGAGAUGACUGCCCCCAUGGUUGCCCUAUUAAGCCUUGCCCUAAUUGUUAUCCUGGAGAAAAAUGUCCAGCAAACUGUCCACAAACUCCGUGUCCAGUUUGUUACGAUGAGGCUACCUGUCCAACUGGAUGCCGCCCUCAACCAUGUCCAGAGUGUUAUCCAGGUUAUAAAUGUCCUCCGGGAUGUCCCUAUACACCUUGUCCUGAAUGUUAUCCUGGAGAGCCAUGCCCUCCUACCUGCCCGCAAACGCCAUGUCCUCCUUGUUACCCAGGAGGCCAGUGUCCUCCGAGAUGCCCCGUCUAUCCAUGCCCUCCAUGCUAUCCAGGAAUGAGCUGCCCUGCUGAAUGUCCUCUAACACCUUGUCCAGAAUGUUACCCGGGAUCCCCGUGUCCUCCGGGUUGCCCAGACACUCCCUGCCCUCCUUGCCCACCUGGCGCACCAUGUCCACCUGGCUGCAUAUCAGAAUGCCCUGUGUGUCCACGCGGACCUCCGGGGAGCCCCGGAGAUUAUGGUUGGAUGUACCCCGGAGAGCCUGGUCCUCCUGGCCUACCGGGAUAUGGACCCGAGGGGCCGCCAGGUCCCCCAGGACUGCCAGGCUCUUGCCCUUGGGAACCCCCAGGGUGCUCAACAUGCUGCCCAUCAGAUGACCAACUCAUACUCAUCAUCAAUGCACUCCAUAAUCGUACCUCCUGCUGCAAACCAAGGCCACCGAAACCUGCAUGCAGCUAUAACCCACAUGACUUAGAGAUCCGCUUAAACAACUUGAAAGCAGAGCUGCGAAAACUUGCUAUUAUCCAGGGCAAGAUAGAGACCCACAAGAAAGCAAUCACGGAAUUAUCUCAAAAGUUUAGAGUGAUUGAUUUCAGCGGACCCCCAGGGGAAAAAGGGGAAAAAGGAAAUGCUGGAACCAAGGGUGAGUUAGGGGAAAGUGGACCCCCUGGCCAGUGUUCAUUCAAGGCUGACAGUCAGCCUCCGCGUGGCCCGGCGGGACCUCCCGGCAGCAAGGGGAUACCAGGCCUUCCAGGAAGUCAAGGGUCGUGUGGGUGCCGGGGUGAUCGAGGAGAGGCCGGUGCAAGCGGAGAGUCCGUCAAGGGACCUCCGGGCCCUAGAGGAGUGAAGGGUCAGAAAGGUGAAACUGGGAAGAACGUCUAUUACCAAUCAUCUGCCCCAUGAAAGCCCUGCCAUGUGUUUUCCCUCUCUUCGGCUGGAGACUGCUGGUGCCGAUGUUACCGUCACUACCGCUGCCACUGCCACUGCCACUGCCAUUGCUAUUGCUGCUUGUAACAUAUGUUCAUUAAUUGUUGUGUCAUCGCCGGUGACUCGAUAACAUGGGGCUAUCUAUGUCUAUCUCAGGAAUCAACUUGGGAACUUUCCAGUAACACUGUAUUGCACUAAAGUGUUGCUAUAUUACAUUGCAUUGCCUUUACUGUGAAUCUGUUGGGAUACUACUUAAUUACUUUUAUGGUUCCAUUGGCAUGCAUGUACUCUGGAAAGAUUUAAAGACCCGAUUCCUUUUUUUUUUUUUUUUUUUUUUUUUUUUUUUUACGAGUAGAAGAGCCCAACAGAAAUUCUGCGUUUGUUUUGAAUCAAAGUUUUUUUUGUGUGUUUCAAGUUUCAAGUUCUGGAAAGCUAUUGUAAUUAUAAUGAUAAUUAAUACUAAUAAUGAUAAAGAUAAUGACAAUAAUAGUAGUAAUAAUGAUAAUGAUAAUAA